CCCAGAAGUCAUAGCAACUUGAGGAUUCCAGUGGUGGCAUUGAGUCCUCCUCAUCUGCUGUUAAUAUGGUGGUGUGAUUCAAAGGCCACAAGAUAUCAUGCAAAGCCCCAAAACCUUCCACUUCCUCAAUUUCUUGUGCAAGAUUUGGGAAGUUGUUUUUAUCCUCUUUAUUCCGGAGCCAUAUUGGCAGUUUAUCAGCCUCCCAGUCUGUAAUUAGAUUUUCGUAAAUCAGAGGUUCUUUCGACUCUGCCACAUCAUGCGACUUGGCUACAAACUCAUUCGUCUGAUAAUAUGAGGGAGAGGAAUCCUGGUGACUGCUGGUUCUUUUGUGGGCAGGGCCACAAGAUGUUAAAAGGGAGACGCUUGCUCCCAGCAACCAGGCGACUUUGAAGGGUAUCUGCCAUGCAGGUUAUUCCACGGAGCUGUGGUCAGCUGGCAAAGGGACUCACUCGCUGGAAGUCCCCCCAAUGCAGUCCUUGGGUGACAACAUCCGUGGGGCUUUUGCCACGUGGUUCUAUGCACCCUGCCUGUGUGCCGAUGUGGAAUGUUGCUGCCCUUUUUUCUCAGUUUCAGCAGGCGAAGGACUUUGGCCUCCCCAACUCGAGCUGGAGCCGGGACAUGAUGGCUCAAUAUGAGAAAUUCGUGGCGAUGUCAAAAGACGGGACGUGGAAGCGGAUGCCAAAUCACAAGCACUUGAUAGAUGAUAUCCCAAAACAGAUGAGGCCAGAACCCGCCGCUAAGAAGCGAGAUGGCACCCGCUGCUUCCUACGAAACGUGUACACGGAAGGCCUAGGCUUUGAAUUUGUGAUGUUCUUCAGUGCCUCAGAGAAAAGGGUGGUAUCAAUUUUCCAGCCGGGUCUUUACCUGGAGGGGCUGACAGGAUAUAUGCAUGGCGGUGCCAUCGCCACCAUCCUUGACAACACCCUUGCGGCCUGUUCCCUCUUAUCCACUGGCAGGAUGAUAACUGCUAACCUCAGCAUAAACUACAGGAGCCCAGUCCCGCUGGGGUCUGUGGUCCUAGUGGACACCAAAGUGGACAGAACCGAGGGGAGGAAAACAUUCGUGUCUGGCCAGGUGCAGAGUGUUGACGGGCAGGUCCUUCACGUGGACGCCACUGCUCUGUGCAUCAAACUGGAAUCGAAGAAUUCCCCACAGCAACAGGCCCGUUCCAGCGGUUCACCCGAGUCCACCUGAGGAAUUCAGAUCUCCCAGGAAAAUGACGGCACCACCACCCCGCCCCGAUUCCAUUUCAUCGAGAAGCGCUACGAUCAAAGAAGCUGGCUCUCUGAGAGAUCGGAUCUCUCUUGACCUUGUUCGCUUCUGUAUUACAAGCUGUUUGCUAUUGUUGUUGUUUUAAGGGCAAUUUAGCAUCAAUUGCUUUCAGGAGGAGCAAGUUUCCUAAUCGUUUGGGGAAUAUCUUGGGACUUACGUGUGUGGUUUAAUCAGGGCUGUGUGCACACCAUGCCUUUAAAGCACAUUCCCCACCACCACCACCAAAAAAUCCUGGGAACUAUAGUUUACCACUCAUACAAUUCCCAGCACCCUUGAACUGCAGUUCCCAGGAUUCUUUGGUGGGGGGGGGGAAUGUGCUUUAAAGGCAUGGCAUCUACGCAGCCUAACUCUUUGCAGAGCAGCCUGUUUCCGCUAACCCAGCUGAGCUAGCUCAAGACAACUUCUGAUAGUCCAACAAUAUCUGGAAGACAUCAGGCUGGAGAAGAUGGAACUGAACUAACAAUAUCUGCUGGGUGCACGUCCAAUUUGUCAUUAAAAAAACCUCAGCAUUUUGGGUGUAUUUGCUUUUUUUAAUGAAGAUGAGUUGUCUCAAGCAGGUAAUGGUGAACCAAUAAGUAACAAAAUAGAGGAGGGCGCUUUUUUUCCUCCCCCAUCCCAGACCCUUUUUCUUCUGUGUCAUGUCUUUUAGACUGUAAGCCGGACAGCAGGGGCCAUCUUCUCACUGACGUUUGCAAAGCCGCUUUAGGAGACUUGCUUGACUGAAGAGCAGGGUAUGAAGGGUUUAAAUGAAUGAAUGAAUGUGCCAUUCUUGCCAGAUAUUACUGGGCUCCGACAAUUGCCCCAGCCAUUAUGGCGAAGGGCCAGGGAUGAUGGGGGGGGUUGUUUUUAAAUAGCACAGGCCUCUCGACGAAGCUAGCUGUAAACGCUGCAAUAAAAAUGAUUACUGAAAA